GGGGCGCAGGCGCAGCACCGCUCCCAACGCUUCCGGACCCCACAGACCCCAGGCCCACCCCGGGCCCUGUGCCCACGGAUCCCCCACGGCCCCGGGGGGUCCCCGAGACCACCGGGCCCUCCCCAAAGGUGGGUGUGGGGUGGGGAGGAACGCAUCGCGGUCGGUUCCUAUCGGGAUCCGGUGGUGGUGGUGGGAAGGGGAAGGUCGUGGUUGGUCCUUCCCACAGCCGCGGGGACUCAGCGCCAUUGUCCUGUGGGGAGGAAGGACCCCUUCUGCUGUGGGGUUGAAGUGAUCCCACCACGAUCCUACAUCCAGUGGAUCCAUCCGGUGAUCCCAAAGGGACCCCACCUCCAUCGGAUCCAUCCAGAGUGAUCCCAAAGGGACCCCAUCUCCAUUGGCUCCAUCCAGAGUGAUCCCAACGGGACCCCAUCUCCAUUGGCUCUAUCCAGAAGAGAUCCCACCACGAUCCUACAUCCAGUGGAUCCACCCAGUGAUCCCAAAGGGACCCCAUCUCCAUUGGCUCCAUCCAGAGUGAUCCCAAAGGGACCCCAUCUCCAUUGGCUCUAUCCAGAGUGAUCCCAAAGGGACCCCAUCUCCAUUGGCUCUAUCCAGAAGAGAUCCCACCACGAUCCUACAUCCAGUGGAUCCACCCAGUGAUCCCAAAGGGACCCCAUCUCCAUUGGCUCCAUCCAGAGUGAUCCUAAAGGGACCCCAUCUCCAUUGGAUCCAUCCAGAGUGAUCCCACCACGAUCCUACAUCCAUCGGAUCCAUCCGGUGAUCCCAAAGGGACCCCAUCUCCAUUGGCUCCAUCCAGAGUGAUCCCAACAGGACCCCAUCUCCAUCGGAUCCAUCCAGAGUGACCCCACCGAGACCCCAUCGCCAUUGGAUCCAUCCAGAGUGAUCCCAACAGGACCCCAUCUCUAUCGGAUCCAUCCAGAGUGAUCCCAACGGGACCCCAUCUCCAUCAGAUCCAUCCUGAGUGAUCCCAAAGGGACCCCAUCUCCAUUGGCUCCAUCCAGAGUGAUCCCACCACAAUCCUACAUCCAUCGGAUCCAUCCAGAGUGAUCCCAAAGGGACCCCAUCUCCAUCAGAUCCAUCCAGAGUGAUCCCACCACGAUCCUACAUCCAUCAGCUCCUUCAACCUGGGAUCCCACCACGAUCCCAUCUCUAUCGUCUCCUCCCAGCUGUGAUCCCACCACAACCCCAUACCCUUCAUCUCCUUCUGGAAGUGAUCCCAACUCCUUCCUAUACCCAACGGAAUGUUCCAGAGGUGACCCCAAUACUACGUCCUUCCCAAGAAGUCAUCCACCGGGACCCCAUAUCCACCACAUCCUUCCAGAAGUGACCCAUCGGGACCCCGUAUCCAUCGCUUCCAUCCAUCCGUGACCCCACUGAGACCCCACACCCGCCUCCUCUUCCCCGAAGCGACCCCCCGUUUGUCCCCAUGGAGGUGUGGAGGCAGUGCGCCCACUGGUUGGUGGCAGCACGAGUGCUCCCGGCGGGUCACCGUGCCAGCAGCCCCACGGGACAGGUGUGGGACCUGGCGCAGGCGCUGAGGGAUGGGGUCCUCCUCUGUCACCUCCUCAACGCCCUCCUGCCCAACGCUGUGCCCCCCCGGGACAUCUGCCCCCGUCCCCAAAUGUCACAGUUCCUGUGCCUGAGGAACAUCCGCACCUUCCUGACCGCCUGCGCCGACAAAUUCGGGCUCCCCAAACAUCGCCUCUUCGGGGCCUUCGACCUCUUUGACGUUCAGGAUUUCGGGAAGGUGAUCGACACUCUGUCCACGCUGUCCUGGACCCACAUCGCACAGAGCAAAGGCUUCACACCUUUCCCCACUGAGGACUGCGUUGGGGACGAUGAGAUCUACAGUGGUCUCUCAGACCUCAUUGAUGACACAGUGGAGGAUGACGACGACCUCUACGACUGCGUCGAGGCCGAAGGGGACGACGGGGACGACAUCUAUGAGGACCUGAUGAGGGUGGAGGUCCCCCCGUCCGCUAGGGUGGAGGUGGACCGGAGGCAGUGCUGCCUUCAGGAGCUGCGGCAGACGGAGGAGAAAUACACCGAGACCCUCGAGUCCAUCUGCACGCACUUCCUGCGGCCGCUGCGGCACUUCCUGCAGCCUCAGGACCUGGAGAGCGUCUUCAUCAACAUCGAGGAGCUGCUGCAGCUGCACCGCCUCUUCCUGGGAGAACUGCGGGGGGCGUUGGGGGGGGCCGGGGGGGGGCGAGGGCUGCCCCCCCUCUUCUUGGCCUACAAGGAGAGGUUUCUGCUGUACGGCCGCUACUGCAGUCAGGUGGAGGCGGCAGCGCGGAGGUUGGAUCAGCUGUCAGCCGGGACCGACAUCCGCAUGAAGCUGCAGGAAUGCUCUCAGAGAGCCAACAACGGCCGCUUCUCCCUGCGGGAUCUCCUGAUGGUGCCGAUGCAGCGGGUGCUGAAGUAUCACCUCCUGCUGCAGGAGCUGGUGAAGCUGACCCCGGAUCCAUCAGAGCGGGAGCGGCUGCGGGCGGCGCUGGAUGCCAUGAGGGACCUGGCACAGUGCGUCAAUGAGGUCAAACGGGACAACGAGACCCUAAAGCAGCUCACCAGCAUGCAGCUCUGCCUCCACAACAUGCCCCAGUCCUUGGCGCAGUUCGGGCGCCCCAAAAUCGAUGGGGAGCUGAAGGUGUGCAGCAGUGAGCGGCGCUCCAAGGCAGACAGGUAUGGGUUCCUCCUGGACAAGGCUCUGAUCAUCUGCAAGCGCCGCGGGGACGCCUACGAGGCCAAGGACGUCGUGGACCUACAGAGCCACCAACUGAGGGACAGCGGCCUCGGGCCCAGGGACGGCAAGAAGUGGUCCCACACCUUCCUGCUCAUCAGCACGGCGGGGCUGCAGGGCUACGAGCUCUUCUUCAAGACACGCGAGCUGAAGAAGAAGUGGUUGGAGCAGUUCGAGAUGGCCCUCUCCAACAUCUUCCCGGAGCACGCCCUGGCGGAUGGACACGACUUCCAGAUGUUCUCCUUCGAGGACACCACGUCCUGUAGGGCCUGCCAGAUGUUGUUGAGAGGAACCUUCUACCAGGGCUACCGAUGCAACCGCUGCCGGGCUCCGGCACACAAAGAGUGCCUGGGGAGGAUGGGGAUCUGCGGAGCUGAUCCCAGCUGCGCUAACAGGAAGAUGAAGUGCCAGCGGCCGGGCCACGACAGCAAGGGGGCCGACCUGGGGUUGCCCAAGAUGGAGGCGAGUCAGCACUACAGCGGGGUGCCCCCGCCGCCGGGAAAUGUGGGGCCCCCCCUACGUCUCAGCCCCGGGGACGUCGUGGAGGCAAUGGUGGCGGAGGUGGAGCAGCUGUGGUGGCAGGGCAGGAAUGUGGUCAAUGGUGAGACGGGUUGGUUCCCCUGUGCUGCUGUCCGACCCUUCAUCUGUGCACCGCUGCCGGAUCUCUCCGUCUACCUCUGGUACGCCGGCCCCAUGGAAAGGGGGGAAGCGGAACAGAUCCUGACACCCCGCUCCGAAGGAACCUUCCUGGUGCGGCAGCGGGUGAAGGACACGGGAGAAUUUGCCAUCAGCAUCAAGUACCGCGCGGAGGUGAAGCACAUCAAAGUGAUGACAGCCGAAGGGCUCUAUCGCCUCAACGAGAAGAAGGCCUUCAGGGGGCUGGUGGAUCUGGUGGAGUUCUACCAGUGCAACUCGCUCAAGGAUUGCUUCAAGGCUCUUGACACGGCCCUGCUGGUGCCCUUCAAGGAGCCCGAGAGCCGGGCCAGCCCACGACCCCCGGGGGCCGUGCGGAGCUUCGGGUCGGCCAAAGCCCGGUAUGAUUUCUGCGCCCGCGACCGGACGGAGCUGACGCUGCGGGAGGGGGACAUCAUCCGCGUCCUCAGCAAGAAGGGGCACCCGGGGUGGUGGAAAGGGGAGAUCUACGGGCGGGUCGGAUGGUUCCCCGCUAACUACGUGGAGGAGGAUUACUCGGAGUAUUGCUGACCGCAGGACCCCUAAAUGUCCCCCCACCCUAUAUCCCCCACCCCGUACCCUCUGCCCCACUCUUUGAGGUCACUGCAUCCCCCCCCCCCCACCCCUCCCCUUCCCUGUUAAUUAAUUUAUGCCUCCUCCUGCCUACAGGGAGCAAUAAAAAUGGUGAGGACGAG